CAUUUCAUCUUUUCCCCUGGGGUUUGCAACUCUCUCCCCAGUCUCGGUCACUGCCUUUGGUUGUACCACUUCCCUCUUCUCCUCCCCUGCACCUCCCUCAUCUUUCCUCUAUGAUGACAUCGCCCUGGGGAAGAGAAGCUGAGAGGAACUCAUCGCUCAGCUAGCUUCAGGAGCCAUGACAUCAUCUCUACCAUGGAAAUUCCAUUCACUGUCCUGUGCCCCCACAUUUGUCCCAGGCCUCGGAGUCCCUAUAAAGAGAGGUUCCCAACUCAGUAUCAGCACAGGGCACAGCUGGGUUCUAAAGCUUCUGAGUUCUGCAGCCUCACCUCUGAGAAAACCUCUCUUUCACCAAUACCAUGAAGCUCUGCAUGACUGUCCUGUCUCUCCUCGUGCUAGUAGCUGCCUUCUGCUCUCCAGCGCUCUCAGCACCAAUGGGCUCAGACCCUCCCACCGCCUGCUGCUUUUCUUACACCGUGAGAAAGCUUCCUCGCAACUUUGUGGUAGAUUACUUCGAGACCAGCAGCCUCUGCUCCCAGCCAGCUGUGGUAUUCCAAACCAAAAGAGGCAAGCAAGUCUGUGCCGACCCCAGUGAGACCUGGGUCCAGGAGUACGUGUAUGACCUGGAACUGAACUGAGCUGCUCUGGGCUCAGAGACAGGAAGUCCUCAGGGAAGGUCACCUGAGCCUGGAUGCUUCUCCGUGAGACGCAUCUUCUCCAUACUCACGACUCCUCUCCGCAGCUCCUGUUCCUUCUCUUAAUUUAAUCUUUGUUAUGUGCUGUUUUAUUGUAUUAGGUAUUAUUUCCAUUAUUUAUAUUGUUUAGCCAAAGGAUAAGUGUCCCCUAUGGGGAAGGUCCACUGUCACAGUUUCUUUGCUGUUGCAAAUACAUGGUUAACACAGUUGAUUCCCUGUGUUUUCAUAAUAAAACUUUAAAAUAAAAUGCAGA